AUGUCUCUUCGGCGCUUACUCAGACGCCAUUCGGCUCCUAGCAUUGAGCCUUUUGACCGCCUGCAUUCACUCUACCCUCGUCCUCUUCCUAUGCUACCUCCUGACGUUAACACCCCUCCGUCAGUACGCAUUACUCAGGACAGUCCUCUCCGUUACAGGGGCCAUGACGCUCAUGAACAGCGAGCUUACCGCGACUGCAGACAACACUUGCUUGGUCACAUCCUGUCGGUCAUGCGUCUAUGCGAAGACUUUAGACAUCACCACAACUUAGCUGGCGUACAAACCGCCAAACCUUCGAGCGGAUCGCUUCUGUUCACUACCCCAACCGACACAACAUUAACCAUGCGCUUGUUGGACGAACGACUUGGCCAGUGUUUGCGACACCUCGAUCACCUGCGGACCCGUGUGACCGACAGUGCUUCCAAGGUGCUCGUGACGGGAGACGUUAAUGCAGGCAAGAGCAGCCUCGUCAACACACUCUUACAAGCCGACAUUGUGCCGACCCAUGAACAACCAUGUACCAGUGCUCUGUGCGAAAUAGUCGAUUGCAUGCAGAAUGGAGGAGUAGAGGAAGUUCAUUGCAUCCCCGACCCUGCACACUAUGAUAGUCAUUACUCCAGCACAUAUCAUCCCAUAGCGCUUCGUCAUCUCCCUAAAGCUAUGGAGCAAGGUCUCUAUGACCACUUUCGUAUUUACGUCCGUGAUCACCGUCCACCCGAGAAGAGUCUUCUCAAACACGAUCUUGCUACCAUGACUUGGAUCGACUCCCCCGGUCUCGACGCUGAUUCCAACAAGACCUCCGCCAUAUACGCCGGUCAAGACGACAUUGACGCUGUUGUUUUUGUUGUCAAUGCCCAAAACCAGUUGACCUUAUCUGCCAAGACAUUCUUGCAAAAGGCUUCAAUGGAAAAGAAACCAUUAUUUAUCAUUGUAAACCGAUUUGAUACUAUCAAAGACAAAGUUAAUUGCAAACGCAAGAUUCUCGAUCAAAUCCACCAAGUCUCACCAUCGACAUACGAGCAGGCCGAAGAUCGAGUGCACUUUGUCGACUUACCCCUUGAUGCACCACCUGCCUCGUUUGCCACACUCGAGAGCAAUUUGCGUACAUUUGCAGUCGAACAUCGUAUGCACACCAAAUUAUUGCCCGCCAAACGGUACUUGGUUGCCCUGUUGACCGACAUGGCUGAUCUGGCUCGUUCAACCCAUGAACUGACGAUUGAACACCACCAACAAGCUCUUCAGUCACUAGCACGCGACACAUUUCCUUUUAUGCAGCUGCUAAAGGCACGCGAACCUGUUCUACAUCAGGUCGAGGUUAUGGCAGAACACACACUCGAAUCAAUCCAAACCCAUGCCCUCAAUGUGCUCGAACAAGCUCUCGAAAACCCGCGGCCACGGUUCUCACGCCCACCGCUGUUUUCUUUGUGGCCCUAUGCGCACGAAUACCGCGACGCUCUUUUGCAAGCCUGGACUGAAGAAAUCGAAGACGUCGAGCGAGAGGCGAUGGAAGAAACCAAAUUGUGUGUCCAGGCAAUCCAGCGACUGGGCACAGAGCACCUUGGGCCGUCCCCUUGGCAAGACAAGGCCAACCUAAAGAAAUCAUAUUAUAAACCCCUGACAGUCACUCUUGAGCCUGUCGAUCUACUUGGAGUCUGGCCACCCCGGAAACGGACUGCCUGGGCCAUCUCUCUAGGGCUUUUGGCCUGCCUAGGUGUUCGCUGGGUUGACCGCAGUGGAAAGUUUGGCGGAGGUUGGGUGUCUAUCGUCAGUCUGGCCGGCUCCAGUCUGUGGCUCGGUUUGUCCGAAAUUCGUACCGGACUUGAGUCCAAGAUAUUCCAGAAGUGCAAGCGCGCAGCCAUCAAGACAUCCCUUGCAGAUACACAUGCCAGACGAGUGUCUCGGAUCUCACGAAAGAUACUCCAGGCUACCGGACGUGAUCUCGAACUCAAGAUACAGACUGCGAUUGAGAACAAGGCACGACGGAGAAGUGAACUUGAGAAUCAGGCACAUGAUGCACAGAAUGCUGGUGCCUAUUAUACCCACUUUAUAGAGGUAGCCAACCUCGUCCUAGAUCAAGUCAAUGCGGUUUCUACUGAUAUUCCAACAAAAGCACCUACACGUGUGCUGUAA